CUGCGCGCCCACCGAGGUGCGCGUCGGCGAACCCUGGCGCUGCGCCCACGCCCCCUCCCCCCGGAUUAUUUUCCUGCCACCAACCGUCAGUCUCGCACUUUUUCUCCAGAGAACUAGCGAGGAGGUCGGAGUCGCCGGAACAAACGAGGCCCCAGAGAGCUCCACCUAGUUCACAGGAUAAAAUCCCACAGCAGAACUCGGAGUCAGCAAUGGCUAAGCCCCAGGUGGUUGUGGCUCCUGUGCUAAUGUCUAAGCUGUCUGCGAACGCCCCCGAAUUUUACCCAUCAGGUUAUUCUAAUUAUACCGAAUCCUAUGAGGAUGUUUGUGAGGAUUAUCCCACUCUACCAGAAUAUGUUCAGGAUUUCCUGAAUCAUCUCACAGAGCAGCCUGGCAGUUUUGAAACAGAAAUUGAACAGUUUGCAGAAACCCUGAAUGGAUGGGUCACAACAGACGAUGCUUUGCAAGAGCUUGUGGAACUCAUCUACCAGCAGGCCACGUCUAUCCCAAAUUUCUCUUACAUGGGAGCUCGCCUGUGUAAUUACCUGUCCCAUCAUCUGACAAUUAGCCCACAGAGUGGCAACUUCCGCCAAUUGCUACUUCAAAGGUGCCGGACGGAAUAUGAAGCUAAAGACGAAGCUGCAAAAGGAGAUGAAGUGACUCGAAAACGAUUCCAUGCCUUUGUUCUGUUUCUGGGAGAACUGUAUCUUAACCUGGAGAUCAAAGGAACAAAUGGACAGGUUACAAGAGCAGAUAUUCUUCAGGUUGGCCUACGGGAACUGCUGAAUGCUCUGUUCUCCAAUCCUAUGGAUGACAACUUAAUUUGUGCAGUAAAGUUGCUAAAGUUGACAGGGUCAGUUUUAGAAGAUACUUGGAAGGAAAAGGGGAAAACUGAUAUGGAAGAAGUAAUUCAGAGAAUUGAAAAUGUUGUCCUAGAUGCAAACUGCAGCAGAGAUGUAAAACAGAUGCUCUUGAAGCUUGUAGAACUUCGAUCAAGUAACUGGGGCAGAGUCCAUGCAACUUCAACAUACAGAGAAGCUACCCCUGAAAAUGACCCUAACUACUUUAUGAAUGAACCAACAUUUUAUACAUCUGAUGGUGUUCCUUUCACUGCAGCUGACCCAGAUUACCAAGAGAAGUAUCAGGAGUUACUUGAAAGAGAGGACUUUUUUCCAGAUUAUGAAGAAAAUGGAACAGAUUUAUCCGGGGCUGGUGACCCAUACUUGGAUGAUAUUGAUGAUGAGAUGGACCCAGAGAUUGAAGAAGCUUAUGAAAAGUUUUGUUUGGAAUCAGAGCGUAAGCGAAAACAGUAAAGUUAAAUUUGAGGCUAUCGUUUUGGGUUUUUUUUUUUUUUUUUUUUUUUUUUUUUUUUUUUUUUUUUUGUUUAGGUAUGGUGAUUUAGCAGAACACAGGAAAGCAAGAAACUGUGUCAAACUUAUACCAAAUUAAGGAUGUUGAGUUAUGUUACUAAUGUAUGCAACUGUAAUUUUGUUUAACACUACCUGCCAAAAUAAACUUUAUUCCCUGUAACUUAAAA